AUGACAGAGAUCGGAGGUGUGUCGGUGCCGGCGGCGAUCGCUCCGCUCUUCUCGAUGCCCCAAUCGACGAUUGAUGAUAUCCAGAAUCCUGGCCAACCGUUCUCCUACUCCCGGCCGACGCCCGGAGGACCGAAACUCCAUCAACGCAUCAAGUGUCCGAGGGUAACUAACUGAAAUACGAUCAAUUAAGUGUAGUUCGGAAAGAAAAAAAGAAGAAGCCAGAGAUCCAUCACUUUUUUUCCUUCACUUUUUCCUCUCCACCGUCUCUUGUUGUCUUCCUCAGAGGAGGCUCUCAGUGUAACGCCGGCAUGGAAUCAUUUCUCGGCGUCUCCGCACUUUCGGCGCUAUUUCUCGUCGCCGGACGGAUCCAGUCGCUCAUUCUCAUCGCUUUUUGCGAUGAGUUGAUACGUUAACACUCGUCUUCCCACUCAAUUCUUCUCGCUCGCCUUUUUUCGGAUCUUUUCGCUUACUAGCGUGGCAUGUUCCAUCAUUUACCCCCACUUUUUCUUGAUUCCGGCAUAUUAGCUCUUCAAGACGAUAUAUCUCAGCGGCUGGUACAGAUGGCAAAUAGUUGUCAACUGAUAAAAUGUACAAAAUGUUUCAAUAAACAUUUUAUUAGUUGACAACUUUUUGAUAUCUUCGCUGGCCGAUGAGAUACAGUACUUUUGGUCAAACAUCAACACCAUCUUCCAGGUAAUCCCGCUCUCGUUCUGGUCCUCAUUUUCCGAAGACGAAGAGGAGCCGGAAAUGCCGCAAACUGUUCAUCUUCAGUACAACUCGCCGAUGGGAUUGUAUUCCAAGUGAGUUGGGGGGACAAAAAAAUUUCGGUUACUCAAACAGAAAUAUCUCAGUUGCGUGUAGAGUUGUUGAAAAGUUGUCAAUGGAUAAAAUGUAGAAAGUGUCGCAUGGAGCAUUUUAUCAGUUGACAACUUUUCGAUAUCUCCACCGACAGCCGCGCGGCUUUCGCAACAUACGCAGCGAAAUGGUAUGCAUUUUUGCGCGUCAGUGUGGCUCUGCGUACAGUGCAUUUUAUGUUACGCGCAAAGUUCAUUUUUUUAGUUGUUGAUGAAUUUUCUCCAAAUAUUCAUCUCUUUAAAGCGUUUUUCUCUGCUUUCUACCUCAAUUAGACCUUUUUGCAGAUUCCAGAUGAAGUAAUACGCGAAGAGAAGUCGAUGCGAUGAAAAGAAACGCGUAAGUAAAUGGAAGUAAUGUUUUAUUCAGAAAAUAUACGAUUUCUCGAAAAACGUCUCUAGAUCUUCUAAUCUUUUGAUUUAAAAAGUUCACUCACAUGACUGUGAAUGUCUUCGAAUAAAAAAAAGUAGAGUGACAGCUCGCUUUCGCGUAAAAAUUGGUUUUUUGCUGAAAAAAAAUUUUUUCUCAAAAACCGUCUCUAGAUUUUCUAAUUUUUUUGUUUAAAUAGUUCACUUACAUGACUGUGAAUGUUUUCGAACCAAAAAAAAGUAGAGUGACAGUUCGUAAAAGCAAAAAAAAAAUUUUUCAACGAAACUUCACUGUCUUCCGGCAAACUAUCGGUUUUUCCGCGAAAGCGAGCCGUCACUCUACUUCUUUUUAGUUCGAAAACAUUCUUUGAAAUGUAAGUAAAGUUUUUUAACCAAAAAAUUAGAAAAUCUAGUCACGUUUUUCGAGAAAUCGUGCAUUUUCUGAAUAAAACCUUACUUUCACUUACUUACGCGUUUCUUUUCAUCGUAUCGACUUCUCUUUGCGUAUUACUUCACCUGGAAUCUGUAAAAAGGUCUAAUUGAGGUAGAAAGCAGAGAAAAAAACGUUUAAAAAUAGAUGAAUAUUCGGAGAAAAAUUCAUCAACAACUAAAAAAAGAACUUUGCGCGUAACAUAAAAAUGCACUGUACGCAGAGCAACACCGGCGUGCUAAAAAUGCACAGACUGAGGAUCAAACGUUUGGUGAACGUCGCAAAAGCCGCGCCGUGUAUAGCCGAGAUAAAGUGUCUCGAAUAACGCAAAUUUUUGACACAAUAGCCUUUCAGGGAGGCGGCGGUCGAGCAAUUCCAGCAACAAAUCGGCGAGACCCCUCAAGAUUUGCCCGCCCAGGACAAGCACUUUGACCCAUCGAAGAGCGCGACGCUCAAGUACUUGAAGGAAGGCGAACGAGAGAAUUUUUGGCGAGAACUUUUUUUCGAGAAGGUAGCCCAAGCCGAGGCGCCGCGAGUUCCCCAUCAAUCGGAACCGGCGUGGGCUCGGACUGCGCGGGAAAAAGAGCGAGAGGGCUCGGAGCAAGACGCCCGCCGAUCCGACCCAAGCGUAUCGGUCCGGGUCCUCGCCGGCACCCUCCACCAACUAUCCGGUUCAUUAUGAGAGUGCGCGGGAGCACGCGGAGAAGAGCAAAGUGUUCACGCACAACGUCAACGAUUUCGGACGGUCCUACUGGGAUGCGGCGCCGCCGAGAUACACGCGGAGCCAGUCGGCCGGACGCGAACUCGUCAAUCGCGGCUAUGAACUCGGCGGACUCGAUUUCACCGGCGGUAUCCACGUGGAUCAUGGCACCGACUAUCAGUACUACGAGGAACCGGCGCGCAAGCCACAGCAACCGAAGCUCCCGCCGGGCUAUGAGCUCGGAGGCACCGAUUUCUAUCGGGGACACGUGUCCGGCAAUUCAAACUAUCGGGGACACGGUCCCGAUCCGCCACGACUCCGGCCAAAGUACACGGCGGAUCCGCACGACCCGUGCAACGUGGCAGUCGCGCCCAAUCUGGAAGUGGUACGCUUUUAUUCAUUCGUGCUUUUUGGUAUUAUUCUCGUUGAAAUUGCAGGUGGAUGCGAACCUUCUCAUCGGCGACACACUGUCCAACCAGAAGAUCCGUCACGAAGUGCGUCACAUCGAUCAAUCCAAGUUCGGCACCUCGUUCGGUCCCCCACAGGGCUUCCUGCACGACCAUCACACCGUCCAAAAGUACGCCGACACGCCGAAACCGCUCGUCUACUCGCUUUCGGCGAACAAAUCGCUCGCCCGCUCCGCAUCGCUACCCCGCUCGUCCGCACCGCCCGAACACCACCACAACGUGUGGAAUAAUAGCAGCCAACAGUUGGAGGUGGAUAAGGAGGUAGGUGGUGAGAAACGGACAAUAUCGAAAACGUAGCCACGGGUGAAGGUGAACAUUCGCACGUUGCUCAACGACGACGCACUGCGCGCCAGGAAGCGGGAGCAGUCGCCGUGGUGGGCCGCACGUUCGGAGCAGACGCAUGAGGCGUGGAGAGGAAGAGUUGAUCCACGUCUCCAGAGAUAUGAGGUCCCCCCUGUGUGUGUGUGCAGUUGAGCAGCUAACUGUUUCACUAACUUCACCUAAUGCCAAUAAUCGUUAGUCGAGUUAGUAGGUAUUCUGACAUUUUUCCGGAAAAUAUAAAUUAAGCCAGGGCUGGGCAAUUGGCCGGCCCUUGACCUGGACUUUUGAACCACAUUCAAUAUUCCGAUCGGACCAAAACUUUUCAGGCUUCUUGGACAUGGAUUGAAGCAUACUGGGACCAAGUUUCAGCUCGAUCGGAUCGUCGGGUUCCGAGAUAUGUAGAUCAUUGGCCAAAAUUGACCGGAAGCCCGAGCUUUUUGGAAAAAAUCGGCCAAUGAUCCACAUAUCUCGGGACCCGACGAUCCGAUCGGCCUGAAACUUGGUCCCAAUGGCCCUCAAUCCAAGUCAAAGAAGGCUGCAAAGUUUGGGUCCGAUCGGAAUAUUGCAAGUGGUUCAAAAGUCCAGGUCAAGGGCCGGCCAAUUAGCGUCGUCAUUCUUGUGCUUUUCAGUUUCACUCACCGCCCAAACGUUGCAAUUUCUCAAGUUCUUUCAAUAAAAUUCGUUUUCUGAAUAUGCACACUUGCAGACGUACAUAACGGAGCCGAAUUGGCGUCGCAACGUCGAUCAACGUCGUCUGGCGUGGGAGCGUCGCGCAUUCGAAAACGAACAGCGUCUGAGCCGUCCGUACUCGGAAAAAGUGAGCGGAUAUAUGAUCUUUUCUCUUGAAUCUUGUGGGGGGAGAAGAAAAAAAGAGAUGAUAAGUGAGGAAAGCAUCAUGUUUUGUGAUGUGAUGAGCAGCGAAACUUCUAGAGAAAGAGGAACUUGCCGAGAAAUAGUAUAGGAACACUGGGAGACGGGCCGGAGAAAAACGGGAGAGAAAGUUUUAGGUGGCGCCGGGCGUGCCUCCUGCCUGGCAUGCAGAGGCACAACACAAGCAUCAGCAGUGGCAGCAGCAGGCGGAUAAUAUGAACACGACUAGUAGUCAGGUGAGCUCAUUAAACGCAAUUUAUCUGCGAUGUGAGUGCAGAUGUUGAAAAGUGAUCAACUGCAAAAAUGUGCACAAUUUCCUAAUGAACAAUUCCUCAAUUGACAACUUUUUGAUAUCUUUCCUGGCAACUGAGAUAUAUCGAUUUGCAAGAAGAGAGAUAGCUUUACUAGAGAUUAUAUAUUCGAAAGUUCUAAUAUACUCUAUACGAAACAGUAAUACCAAAGCAUUCCAAUAUUCCAGAAUUACUCCUACUCCACCACCGGAUAUGAACCAAUCGGCGGAGGAGGAGGAGGACAGCCACAGUCAUACCAUGAGAACCGACAAUAUUCGUCGAGCGCCUAUGUGAGUUUUACUGAUGACAAAUAAUUGAUUUUACUGCUUCCAACUGAUCACGUUUGCAGCCGCCAUCUCAAACUCACCAGAAUGCUCAGCGCCAGUUGAACUCUGGUAAGUUGCUUGCGCUCGCAAUGAGCAAGAGGACAGCUGUUCUCGAGCCGCCCACGCAAUCAUUGGGAGCUCGAAAAACGAGGGAAAAGGCUUGUUUCAGGCUACAACACGAACCAGGUGGAGUACGUGCUGUCGCACAAGGACAAGUACGCCGACGGGCCGCACUAUCAGCCGCCCAUCGUCAACUCGUCGUCUUCGUACACGACCGGCCAAAAUCAAAACUACUCGUCGUCGAGCGCUCAACAACAGCAGACGAAGACGAUUCCGGUGCAGAACUAUCAGGUUGGAAAUCAUGUCCGUUUCUUCGCGCCCGGCUAGAGAUAUCACAAAGGUGUCAAUGGAGAAAGUGUGCACAAAGGUUGUAUGAACAUUACAUCAGUUGACAACUUUUCGAUAUCUCUACCGAUAACUGAGAUAUAACGCGUUGAAUGAAGGGGUAAGACUGCAAAAACUUUAAGUUUUGGCUUUGAAAGUAUUUAGGGUUUACACCAGUUUACAUCUGAUAAUCACAACUUUUCGAAAUAUAAUUGAAAAACAAACACACAUUUUUUCCAGACAUUCCCGACCUUUGAUUCUUCGUUCUUUGAGGUUAAAUCGAAGAGUAUAUUGUGUAGACCUCACUUUUAGAACUCUAAUCAAGCGUCAUCAUUUCGUUAUCAUCCCGGUUCACACACAGUUGUUGAUACAGUAACCUAGACUAUUGUAGUUUUAUAAGUUCUAACUGGACCGUUUUGCUUGGAGCUCACCGGUUGACCGUGUUCCUCAGUUCUUUCCAACCUCCCCCCCCUAUUUCUUGUUCAGAACACUCAAAGAUCGUUUGUCGAGUCGAGCGAAAAGUUCCAUCGGGACCUCGCCUCCCCACUUUCUAAAGCCAUUCCGGUCCAGACCGCCGGCACCUUUAACGAGAUCUCCAAAGUGUUCAACACUCAAGAGGUACUGUAGACGCGAAAUAUUGUGGAUUUCUAGAAGCAGAAAGUGCAUGAAGAGCGCACGUCUGUUGCUGACUAUGAGGCGGGAGGGAUUUGUAGGCAAAAAAUGAAUGAAAGGAGAAGGGUUUACAGGAAGAAGUGGUGAAGACGACGGAUUCCAUUCCACUUCCGUCUGCUCAGGACGUUUAUGAGGUUACCCGCCAUUGACUAGUACUAAACAGUACUAAAACACAAAUAUAAUAAUAACCACCUCAAUAAGUUGCCUACCAACCACAAACAACCAACCAACACACACAGCAAUCUUCAACAAUUCAGUGAUCUUUGCAGAGCUCCAACUACAACAAGAGCUACUCGAGCCAAACGACGACUCAACACCAACCUCAGCCGAUUGGCGCCAACAACCAGAACUACUCGAGCAGCUACCAUACCGAGCGAUCUUCGAGUGUGAGUACUUUAAAGCUGGUGUCCAACGUGUCAUACAACAUAUUUUUAAAAUAAACUUCAAAGUGGGGCAUUCACUUUCCCAAAGUCCCGAAUUACCAAAAAAAAAAUUCCCCGAUUUUUAGGAUUUUUUUCAAAAAAGUUAAUGGUACCGAGAGAGAAGUACACGGCGAAAUGGAAGAGCUGGCCUAGAUUUUUCUAGUCCCCGCAUGGAAUUCCCCUUUCUUCCGAUUUUUUUUCCGUUUUCGUGCAAUUUUCGUGCAAUUUUCAAUCGUUUUUUCACUGAACACACUUAUUUGCAAUAUUUAAAAAAAUUUAUAAUUUUUUUCUGUGCCGUGACGCCAAAAAAAUCGAUAAUCUGAAACUUUUUAAUGUUUUUCCGGGUUUUUCGCUCAAUCUUCGGUUUGCGCGCUGAAAAAUAAAUAGAAAGAGAUCGCUCAAUCAUUUCCUGAGUCUUAAUUAAAGUUUGCGAGUUACAGAAAGUUAUAUUUUUCAAAGUAAUGCGAAAAAUCCCAAACUUCCUAUUUUCAGUUUUACAAAAAGAAAGUGGCUGAAUUUCUGAAUUUUGAAAGUUUCAGAUUAUCGAUGUUUUUGGCGUCACGGCACUGAAAAAAUCAAAAAUUGUUUUUUAUAUUGUAAAUAAGUGUGUUCAGUGAAAAAACGAUUGAAAAUUGCACGAAAAUUGCACGAAAACGGAAAAAAUAUCGGAAGAAAUGGGAAUUCCAUCCGGGGACUAGAAAAAUCUAGGCCAGCUCUUCCUUUUCGCCGUGUACUUCUCUCGGUUCCAUUAAUUUUUUUGAAAAAAAAUCUUAAAAAUCGGGGAAUUUUUUUUUUUGGUAAUUGUUGUAUUGUCACGUUGGACACCACAUUUAAACAAAGAUCGAGCAAACGUUUGAACGUUCUGAAAUACGAAUUCUGAAACAUGUUUGAGAAACUUGAUUUGCAGACGACUCAACACCAACCGCAAGUGAUCGCCCUGCCGCCACCGCAAAAUCACUCGAGCAGCUAUCACACCGAGACGCAUUCUUCGACUGUACACCCAUUUUCGUGCAUAUUUUCAGCAAUAGACCUCUUGCAGGGACCGAUAACGCUCCACUCGCCGGGCGGUCAUUCGAUCAAAUCGACCGAGUUCUCGUCGAGCCGUCACCACAAACAGGAGACGACGACAACCACGACGACGACUACUCAGCAACAACAACAACAGCCACGCAUUGAGACGACCACUCUUCCGUUCACUAAGACCACUUCUUACAACUAUUCGACGGUGAGUUGUCAACUGAUUUCUCAACUAGUUGAUCACUUUUUGAUAUCUCUUUCAUUAACGCAAAUAUAUCGAUUUUUCUAGAGCACUGCUGUCCCAUCGCAACCCGCUAAACCGUCCUUUCAUCAGGAGAGUUACACCUCACAGGGUGCACCACAGCAGAGAAUCCAAUCCCAACCGGCUUCCUACCAAUACGAGAACUAUUUGAGCAGCAGAAAGGAGGAGGUGAGACGAAACUCCCACCAAACCCCAAAUCGACAUUUGCAGAGCCGUCGCGAAGAGACCUCCCCCCGGCCGGUGUCGCAACUCUCGCAAUACUCGGAAUCGCGUAACUACAAGCGCAACUAUGAGGAGAAGACGGAAACGACGACGGUGCCGGCGGCCGCGGUGGCUCCGAGCACUGUCACCUACAAGGAUUUGUCGAACGCGCAGUCCGUCGACGAUGUGUUCAACAAGAAGACCGAGAUGAACGAGUCGCUGCCGAUCGGAUCCGUCUUCAACACUCAUAACAAUACUGAGGUGGGUUUGAAGGCCUAUAUCUCAAAAACCAUCAGUUGUAUCAAGCAGUUGUCAACUGAAAAGUUGUAGCAAAUUUCAAGCUCUACAACUUUUUAGUUGACAAUUACACGGCAGCGAAUUGCAGGGCGGAUACCGUGACGUGAACGGUCAUGACGUGUCGUACAAGCGUGAAACGCAGACUUCGGCCGAUCCGGGCCGCGAGACUGCUCUUCUCAAGGAGGAGGAGAAGCGAGUUGUGGAGACUCCGCUGGAGCCAGGAGUCAUCUCGCGCCACGUCACCACCAAGUACUACAAGAAGAAGACCGUCACUGAUACGACGACCACCACCACUGCCUGA